AGCGCACACCGAGCCUCAGCCGCCUGCCCGUCUUCUUCUCCUCUCGCUUCAGCCUCUUUGAGCGUUUUUGCCUCCUGCGUCGGUAGGUCAGUUCUCCCUUCCUCUUUUCUUUCCCUCGUUCUUUCUUUGUUGCUGUUUUGGUUCUCCUCUUGUUUUUUUUUCUUUUAUUUUUCGCACUGAAUUUCAGCAGCUGCUUGGAUUUCUCUGUGUUGUGCUGCCAGUCUUUACCGGAGCUUUUACCCGCUGCUUGUUGCUGGAAGGAAGCCCGUGUUCUGGCUUUUUUUGUGUUUAUUUUCACCUCUUUUAUUUAUUUUUUUUGAGAUAUUUUCUCGCAUUUUUCUCUUUUAAUUUGAAGAAAUAUCGCAAAUAUGUCUUCUCUGAUCUCACACGAUUUAUUUUGAUUUUGGUGUAUCUCAUUCUUCUGUUUGAUCUCUUUUAUCUCAUUCUUGCAGUUAGAUUUUUUUCCUUUUCUAAAAAAAAAAAGAGAGCCAAAUGGGAUUUACAUUCCUCUUAAACUUGAAUGUUGCGCAUGCAGCAUGCCAGAACGCAGUGAGGAUGAGGAUGGUGAUGGGCAGGUGUUGCACGGACAGCUGAUCUUCAUCCACGGAACUGCUCGUGUUUCCGUUGAGACUGCUUUUUGUCUGAACGGUGAUCUCAGUUGUGAAUCUCGAUCCCAAAGAGAAGCCUCGAUCUAUCCGUCCGUCCCUUUUCUCCUUGUCCCGGGGUCGGGUCGCGGGACAGCAGGACAUUCCAGACGUCCCUCUGUCCAGCAGCACUGCGGAUCCCCACCUCUCCGAAUCUCUCCCUCCCGAUCCAUCCAUUCGUCAGUCGCCUCUUUCGCCUCUUUCGCCUCUUUCGCCCGUCUCUCCAGCAUGUCGCUGAAGGUCCAGACCAGUAAUGUGACCAACAAGACAGAUCCAAAGUCGAUCAACUCCCGGGUGUUCAUCGGCAAUCUCAACACAGCGGUGGUGAAGAAGUCGGACGUGGAGAGCAUCUUCUCCAAGUAUGGCCGGGUCUUGGGAUGCUCCGUGCACAAAGGCUACGCCUUCAUCCAGUACGCCAGCGAGAGGCACGCCAGGGGGGCCGUGAUCGGGGAGAACGGCAGGGUGCUGGCCGGACAGACGCUGGAUGUCAACAUGGCAGGAGAGCCGAGGCCCAACAGACCCAAAAUCCUGAAGCGAUCAGCCGCUUCUCUCUACAGCGGCUAUGAGUUUGACUACGACUUCUACAGAGAAGACUUCUAUGACAGGUUGUUUGAGUACCACGGCAGGGUGUCUCCGGUCCCUCGGGUGGCGCCCGUCAAACGCCCGCGGGUAGCAGUGCCUCUGGUACGACGGGUCAAAUCCUUGCCUGUCAAACUGCUGGCGCGUAACACCUCCGUCCUCCCCACCAGCAAUGGCAACAAACAGAGAUCAGUGAAAGGUGCAGAGCUUCAGGCGAUCAAGUCAGAGUUGACUCAGAUUAAAGCCAACAUCGAAGCUUUGCUGGGCAGACUGGAGCAGAUCACAGAAGACACACACAUCACCUCCUCAGAGCUGAGGAAGGCGGGGGAGUGUAAGAGCGAGGAGGCGUGGCAGGAAGGGGAGGAGUCGAGCUCAGAGCUGGAGGACGAGGAGGAGCACAGACAGAACAGCGAAGCUGAAGAAGAGGAAGAAGAAGACGACGAGGAGGAAGAAGAGGAGGGAGAGCACACGCAGGACGACACCCAUGACCACAUGCUGGAGAACAGUCGCAUAUCACCAGAGAUGGACUCCAUUCACCCAUGAGAGGUAGUGUGGACUGAGGAGGAAGGGACAAAGAGAGGGGGAGAGACAGAGAGAGAGCGCCAUGGACAGACAGGGAACUGGAUAACAGCACAGGAGGCCAUCAAACAGCAGGGAGCCAGACACACACACACACACACACACACACACACUGUAGAAACACACAGUAGUGAGACAGACACAGUAGUGAGACAGACUUGACACUUUGUCAGAGCCACAUAUACGCUCUGCAGUUGACAGCCGAUUGGGAAAGCUGGAGCUCAUCAGAACAUCCUGCAGGACAACGCGACUGAGCGGCUGACGCGCGGAGGCAGAGCCGGCUGGAGACCUUGUUGGUGCGAAUCCUUUUGAAAUACAAAAGGAAAAAACAAAUCCUGAACAAAAAAGUGACGGGCUGGGCUUCAUGAUAUUCGUUGAUACUCAAUAUUGCAAAUUUAGGCUGAAUCACAUAAAGUAAACCCUUUGCUUUUUGGGUAAAUGGGAUAGUUUCCAAGAAAUUUCCUGGGUUUUGGAACUUCUAAUAAAAGUAAUAGUCAAAGCAGCAACUUAAGUUAAACUGUGAAGUUUGUCUCCAGGCAAUCAUAUAAUCCAGCGCACUAUAUAUGGAGAGUUUCCACUCAUUGGUUCAUAUUUGUUUGUCAUAAUUCUAAGACAUUUCUUUAAAUUAUGAUGUUUUUUUCAAGACAAUUCCUUUUUCAGUUACGCGUUACUCGACUCUGCUAAAGGCCCUGAAAAAACAACAGAAGGUGUUUUUUUUCAGGGCCUUUGAGUGAACAAACCAAAACAUGACAACGUUUUGACCCAAAAGGUACUGGGUGACAGUGCAUGACUGUGAAAGCUCAUUACUAUUAGUUGGAGGUAAAGGCAGUAUUGGAAAUUGUCAGUCUGUUGCCACCGUGUUGUAAAUUCAGUCCUAAUAAAGGAACAGAUGGACAGAGCUUUAAUGCUGUUGAAAAUGUGAAUCUCUCUCACUGCAUUUCCUUGUUCCCUUUUGAUCUCAUCUUCCUUCCUUCGGUCUUCACUCCCUCUCCCCAGUUCUUCCGUUUCUCUUCUUCAGACGUAUUUACCAGCUUCCUUACAUUUCUGACAUAUUUACUUUGUUCUCGUGUUUAUCUGGUUUUACCUUUUUAUUUUCUUUACUUGCUGUUUGUCCCCUUCUUUCAUAGAUCUCGUUUCCCUUUCAGCCCCGCCUCUUCCUUGCUCCACUUUGUCUUUCACUUUUAUUUCAUGUGAUCUUUUAUUUUCUCUUUUCUUCUGUUGUCUUUGUUUUGUUUCCUGUCUUCCUUCCUUUUGUUUUCUUUCUUGUUCUUCCUCUACCUGAACCUCUCCUGUUCAAGAUGAAAGAAAGAAGUAACAUCAGAAGGGAUUCACACAGGUCCCUUCUUCUUCUUCUUCUUCUUCUUCUUCUUCUUCUUCUUCUUCUUCUUCUUCUUCUUCUUCCCAAACCGUGAUCUUUUCCUAAACCUAACCAAGUGGUUGUGAUAUUAACGAUAUUAACCACGUGUUCAAAACUACGACCGUUACGUUUCGAUAAGAGGAGGAAUCCUUGACACAGGUGCGGGCUGCUUAUUUAGGAAAUGUAUAAGAGGGUAGGAACAACAUAUGUGGUCGUAUGGGUUGGAGGACGUGUUGGAAUGGGAGGCUCAUUGUGCUCACUUCUAUGAAUGUUCCUACUGACGAAGAAGUUAGUCGAACCCAAAAUGAGAUCUGAAUGAAGUUCACCUUUGCACAGCCUAAACACUGUACAUCCUUGUAUAUACUUGUUAUAAUCCCAUGAAUAAUCAUCACACAUCAAUGCAUUUUGUAAACAUCGGUUCAUGUAAAGGUGAGCUCCGUCCUACAAUAAGAAAUGAAAUACGAUGGUGUGUUUAACAGAUCGACCACGAUAUGGCAGACCAUUACAUUUGGUUCGCAAUGUAUCUUUGACUUUACUUCUCGCUCCAAAAUAAGAAGUUCAGUGGAAUUUGCUUAAAAGAACACAAGCGAUGUGAGCUGUUGUUUACCUUCAGAGGAAGAUGUCGACUUUCUCUCUCCUCUCUUCUUCCUGUUUCUUGUCUCCACCGUGUCCCUGUCUUUCGCCUGUUGUUCUUGUCUGAUUUCUACAUGCAGAUGUUAAAUAGGCUUUGCUGUUAUUUUUAAUGACUUGUGUAUACUGUGUGAUGAAAGUGAUUAUGCUGACUCUUCUCUGUCUGCACUGAGAGGGUGCCAGAGGCCUUUACAACACAUGUAAAUAAUCCAAAUAAAAGGCUGGAACUUUCGUGA